CUAACUUUCUACCUUUUUGGUUUGGAGUGGCCUGCAGCCCUUAAGAUGUUAAGAAUUUCUACAUCUGGAUUUAGAUAGUGGAGUCUUUUUUACAGUCUUUUUUACAGUCCUGUUCUAUACAGCAUCAAAAUGCUGCAUUCACAUUGUUUUCUGUGCGUUGGAGUCUUAUUUGUGGCACUUGUUGAGAGCCGAAUGUUGGACAAAUGCAUGAAAUCAAAACCCAAAUACACCAUGAACGUUGUACUUUUGGAGGAUGACACCUCAUACUGGAGCCUAGGGUUUGUAAGGGGUGCAGUGUUGAAAGCAAUUAAAGCGGACAGGCAACUGAACAUUGCAGCAGGUUUGAACAUCACAUUAACGGCUAAUUUCAAUGGGUUCAACACCACGCUGUACAAACGCAGGGGCUGUGGGAGCAGCACCUGUGAGGGAGUGGAGAUACUCAAGUCCCUGCAUGCUAAAGGUGAGGUGGGAUGUGCCAUGCUGGGACCCUCCUGUACAUUUGCCACUUUCUUUAUGGUGGAUGUGGAGAUAGGCCUGACCCUGACUAUCCCCAUCAUCUCUGCUGGGAGCUUCGGUCUGUCCUGUGACUACAAGGCCAACCUGACCCGCCUGCUGCCCCCGGCACGCAAGAUCUCCAACUUCUUUGUCCACUUCUGGAACUUCACCAGACAUGGUCUGAAGAUGCACUGGGAGAGGGCUUAUGUCUACAAGAAGGCAGACCAAACUGAAGAUUGUUUUUGGUACAUCAAUGCUCUGGAGGCACCCUCGGUCCAGUUUGCUAUGUCAAUCUCAAGAAAGAUGCUACGCAGCAAGACAGAGCUAAAGAAAGCUCUUCAGUCUGAAAACAGACACAGCAACGUAUUCAUUCUCUGUGGAACCCCAGAUGACAUCACCACUAUAAAGAAUGAAACAACGAUUCCCCCAGAAAUUGUCUUCAUCCUCAUCGAUAUCUAUAACCACAGGUAUCACACUAACAUGACUGCCAGCCCAAGCAUGGACAAUGUUCUGGUGCUCACCUUGCCUGAGAGACAAUACAACAACACAAUAGUUUACAACAGCACGGAGUUAAAUGACUAUGUGGCGGGGUACCAUGACAGUGUGUUGCUCUUUGGCCAUGUGCUGAGGCAGAGGUUGACCAGUGAGCUGAGAGGCAGAGCGACACAGCCCCCUGCCACGGAUCUCCCCGAUGUAAACCCCUUCAGGAAUGUCUCCUUUCAAGGUAUGGGGGGACACUACGUGCUGGAUGAGAAUGGGGACAGGGACGUGAACUUCUCUGUGAUUUAUACCUCCACCAUCGAUAAACAGUACAAAACCCUGUUUGUGUUUGAUACGUCCAUAAAUGAGACCAAAGUGGAGGACAGCACCCCCUCACUGCCCUGGCCUGGGUCCCAACUGCCAGAUGACAAGCCAAUCAAUCGUAACGAUCUGAAUAUCAUUGUGAUCGUCCUGAGUGUCAGUGUUGUGGUGGUGACUGCCAUCGCUCUGAUCUUCUACAGGCAGAACAUGAAGGAACGUCAGAACCAAAAGAAGUGGUCCCACAUCAGCCCAGACCUGAUUGAUCCGCUGGAUGGGAAAGAGUUAAGCCUGGUCUCACUGAAGAUUGAUGAAGACAACAGGAAGGACAGCUGUUACCAGAUUUGCAGGGGUCGCUAUGACAAAAAGCCCGUGAUCCUGAAGGAGCUGCAACACACAGACGGCAAUUUCAGUGAGAUCCAGAGGAUCGAGCUCAACACUCUCCUGCGUAUUGACUACUAUAACCUGACCAAGUUCUAUGGCACGGUGAAGUUUGAGUAUGGCCUGUUUGGAGUGUUUGAAUUCUGUGAUAGGGGAUCCCUGAGGUAUGUCCUUAAUGACACAAUCUCCUAUCCUGAAAACACCUUCAUGGACUUGGAAUUCAAGAUAUCAGUCAUGUAUGACAUAGCUAAGGGCAUGUCCUACCUCCACUCCAGCAACAUUGAGGUCCAUGGCCGACUGAAGUCCUCUAACUGUGUGGUGGACAACCGCAUGGUGGUCAAAAUCACAGACUUUGGCUGCAACACCAUCCUCAGCCCCUGCAAAGACUUGUGGACGGCUCCAGAACACCUCCGGAAGCAGGGGAUCUCCCAGAAGGGGGAUGUCUACAGCUUUGCCAUCAUCGCUCAGGAGAUCAUACUGAGGAAGAACCCCUUCUUCACCCAGGCCUGCUCCGACAUUGCAGAGAAGCUGUACAUGUUGCAGUACCCAAAUGGGACUGGCUUCUUCAGGCCAGAUCUAAACUUUGAGACAGCAGCAGUAAACGAGGCAGAGCUUUACAUGCUGAUAAAGAACUGCUGGGAAGAGGACCCGGAGAGGAGGCCAGACUUCAAGAAGAUAGAGGGAUCUCUGGGUAAGAUAUUCAGCAACCUGCACAACCAGGCUAAUGAGAGCUACAUGGACAACCUGAUCCGCCGGCUGCAGAUGUACUCCAGGAACCUGGAGCACCUGGUGGAGGAGAGGACCUCUCUGUACAAGGCUGAGAGGGACAGGGCUGACAGACUCAACUUCCUGCUCCUGCCAGCCCCAGUGGUGCGUUCCCUGAAGGAGACGGGCAGUGUGGAGCCAGAGCUGUUUGAUGAGGUGACGGUCUACUUCAGCGACAUUGUGGGCUUCACCACCCUGUGCCAGUACAGCACGCCCAUGGAGGUGGUGGACAUGCUCAACGACAUCUACAAGAACUUUGACAGGAUCCUCGACCACCACGAUGUAUACAAGGUGGAGACGAUCGGUGAUGCGUACAUGGUGGCGUCGGGGUUGCCGCGGCGGAAUGGCAACCGGCACGCAGUGGACAUCGCCCACAUGGCCCUGGACAUCCUGGCUUUCGUAGGGACCUUCCAGCUCCAACACCUACCGGGCAUACCCCUGUGGAUCCGCAUCGGGGUGCACUCAGGGCCGUGUGCGGCGGGCGUGGUGGGGAACAAGAUGCCACGUUACUGUCUGUUUGGAGACACAGUCAACACUGCCUCACGCAUGGAGUCCACAGGCCUGCCACUAAGAAUCCAUGUCAGCCAGCCCACCAUAAACAUCCUCCAACGGACAGACUGCAAGUUUGAGUAUGAGCAGAGAGGAGAGACCUUCCUGAAGGGUAAAGGCAAUGAGAUGACAUACUGGUUAACAGGGGUGACAGGGACAGAAUACAACCUGCCAACGCCCCCGACAGUGGAGAACUUCCAAAGGCUACAGCAGGACCUGUCUGAAAUGAUCGUGUCCAGCCUGGAGAACAGAGGGCCGGGGACCAACAGCAUGGAGAAGAGGAAGACCCUCUCCACCAGAGUCAGGAGGAGGGAGACCAACGGGAGCUGGGAGGACGGCCUGCCAGAGUACCUGCACCUGGCCAUCACAGACAUUCCCAGCACCUACCUGUAGUCACCCAGGACCAGACUGCUUCCUGUGGAGAUACAGGGCCCCUACACUCUGUCAAAUGGUGACAGUGGAGUCAAGUAGCCUUAUAUUCACUUGAUACAAUAGCUAAAGUAUAGCCUUAUACUUAGGAAACCUGACUAUUUCCGAAUGACUUCCUGGGUAAAAGACGUGGCUUUCUGAUUUGAGCUAAAGGUUAUUUUGGGUCACAUGAGCAAAAUGUGUGGUGACGUUCCAUAAAUAGUUUGUAAUGGAGAUGCUUUAGGCAAAACCAAAACCAGUAAACCAAGGAACUGGAUGGUACUCCUCUAUUUUAAGAAGCCCCUGAAGAAAAUACAAAUAUGAGUGUUGCUGCAUUUUCUCAGCAAUCAACAAUGAACAAUUGUUCAAAACAAUAUCACUGAUUAUCACUGAAGCGUAAUAAUAAUAAUACUAAAGCUUAAUAUUGGCAUCAAUAACAUGAUGAAUACAUCUUAUAAAUGAUGUAUACACAGUGUUAGGUUAUAGUUUCUCAUUGUAAUCUCUGUGUAUUUUAUUGGGUCAUAGUUUCUCAUUGUAAUCUCAGUGCAUUUUAUUGGGUCAUAGUUUCUCAUUGUAAUCUCAGUGCAUUUUAUUGGGUCAUAGUUUCUCAUUGUAAUCUCAGUUCAUUUUAUUGGUUCAUAGUUUCUCAUUGUAAUUUCAGUGCAUUUUAUUGGGUUAUAGUUUCUCAUUGUAAUCUCAGUGCAUUUUAUUGGGUCAUAGUAAUCUCAGUGCAUUUUAUUGGGUUAUAGUUUCUCAUUGUAAUCUCAGUGCAUUUUAUUGGGUUAUAGUUUCUCAUUGUAAUCUCAGUGCAUUUUAUUGGGUCAUAGUUUCUCAUUGUAAUCUCAGUGCAUUUUAUUGGGUUAUAGUUUCUCAUUGUAAUCUCAGUGCAUUUUAUUGGGUUAUAGUUUCUCAUUGUAAUCUCAGUGCAUUUUAUUGGUUCAUAGUUUCUCAUUGUAAUCUCAGCGCAUUUUAUUGGGUUAUAGUUUCUCAUUGUAAUCUCAGUGCAUUUUAUUGGGUUAUAGUUUCUCAUUGUAAUCUCAGUGCAUUUUAUUGGUUCAUAGUUUCUCAUUGUAAUCUCAGUGCAUUUUAUUGGGUUAUAGUUUCUCAUUGUAAUCUCAGUGCAUUUUAUUGGAUUAUAGUACACAAUGUGUUUUAAUCCUCAAAUUUGAUAGUCUGAAAUGCUAAUACAUCUUAAUUUUAAAGCCCCACUAUCUUUAUAGGGUUUCCAACCUUCAUUAGUAAAGUGUGUGCCCUGAAUUGAAACCAAAUAACUUUCUGUAAAUAGUUGAGUAUACUUUUGUUUAACCAAAAACCUCAGAGAAUGUCUUUCUUAUCAAAAUGUACUAUAUUGUACAGUGGGGAAAAAAAGUAUUUAGUCAGCCACCAAUUGUGCAAGUUCUCCCACUUAAAAA